AUGGCUUCUGGUGAAUUCAGAACUGAAGUGGGGACAGCCUGUAUUCAAAUUCCUGGGAUUGCAAAUAAAAUACUAACACAGCUCAGUGGAGAUUUGAAUAGAGCUCAUUUGGUUGGGGCAAAUUACCAUCAACCAACAACUUUGAACGAAUUUGUUGGAACGGGAAUAUCAACACGUGCUACGCUUGAAACAAACGUACCAAACCAAGAAGAUAUAUCCGAAAGAAUUAAUGUUAGUUUACUUCGCGAUGAAGACAUGAUACUGAUAGGAAAAACUGUUCAAAGAGUCCCAAUUUAUGAAACAGACUUGGUUGCAUUUAACGAAAAUGAUGUCAACAAUUGCAUUGAAGAACUUGGUUUGAAUAAUUAA